CUGAUGAUUGGUUGGCUGUGGACGGGAAACAGCAGUUUAGGUUGAGCAGGCUGUUUGAGUGCUAGAAUCGAGAAGUGAGGUUGCUAUAGGGCAGUAAUCGGUUCAGAGCAUUAGCCCUCACUUCUUGUUCUGCAAAGAUGACGAAGUUUGGGUUCCUUCGCCUGUCCUAUGAGAAGCAGGACACCCUUCUGAAGAUGCUUAUUCUGUCCAUGGCAGCUGUGCUGUCCUUUUCCACCCGAUUAUUCUCUGUACUGAGGUUUGAGAGUGUCAUCCAUGAAUUUGACCCAUACUUUAACUACCGCACUACCCGCUUCCUGGCAGAAGAGGGCUUCUACAAGUUUCAUAACUGGUUUGAUGACAGAGCAUGGUAUCCUCUGGGGAGGAUCAUUGGAGGGACUAUUUAUCCAGGUUUGAUGAUCACGUCAGCUGCUUUUUACCAUAUUCUUCAUUUCUUCCACGUCACUAUAGACAUCAGAAAUGUCUGUGUCUUCCUAGCCCCUCUCUUCUCUUCAUUUACCACUAUCGUGACCUACCAUUUUACAAAAGAACUAAAGGAUGCUGGUGCUGGACUGUUGGCAGCUGCAAUGAUUUCCAUUGUACCUGGGUAUAUUUCCCGUUCUGUGGCUGGCUCAUAUGAUAAUGAAGGUAUUGCCAUAUUCUGCAUGCUGCUUACAUAUUACAUGUGGGUGAAAGCUGUGAAGACUGGCUCUGUCUACUGGUCAGCCAUGUGUGCUCUGGCAUACUUUUACAUGGUCUCCUCUUGGGGUGGCUAUGUAUUCCUGAUUAAUCUGAUCCCACUGCACGUGUUAGUCUUGAUGCUUACAGGACGGUUUUCUCACCGGAUCUAUGUAGCAUACUGCUCUGUCUAUUGUCUAGGCACAAUUCUGUCUAUGCAGAUCUCUUUUGUAGGUUUCCAGCCUGUCCUCUCAUCAGAACAUAUGGCUGCACUGGGUGUCUUUGGCCUUUGUCAGAUCCAUGCCUUUGUUGAUUAUUUACGCAGUAAGCUAAAUCCACAGCAAUUCGAGGUUCUUUUCAAAAGUGUCAUCUCCCUAGUUGGGUUUGUCUUGCUGACAGUAGGAGCUGUUCUUAUGCUGACGGGUAAAAUCUCUCCAUGGACAGGAAGGUUUUACUCCCUGCUAGAUCCAUCUUAUGCUAAAAAUAACAUUCCCAUCAUUGCCUCUGUCUCCGAACAUCAGCCAACAACCUGGUCUUCUUACUAUUUUGACUUACAGCUGCUAGUCUUCAUGUUUCCAGUGGGGCUGUACUACUGUUUCAACAACCUCUCGGAUGCCAGAAUCUUCAUUAUCAUGUAUGGUGUGACCAGCAUGUACUUCUCGGCUGUUAUGGUUCGUCUGAUGUUGGUUUUGGCUCCUGUUAUGUGCAUUCUCUCUGGAAUUGGAAUUUCCCAAGUCUUGUCAACUUACAUGAAAAACCUGGACAUUAGUCGGCCAGACAAAAAGACAAAGAAGCAGCAGGAUUCCACCUACCCAAUCAAGAAUGAGGUUGCCAGUGGGAUGGUAUUGGUUAUGGCGUUUUUCUUGAUUACUUACACCUUCCAUUCAACCUGGGUAACCAGUGAAGCUUAUUCUUCUCCAUCCAUUGUCCUUUCUGCCCGUGGGGGAGAUGGCAGUAGAAUCAUCUUUGAUGAUUUUCGAGAAGCUUAUUACUGGCUACGACACAAUACUCCAGAGAGUGCAAAAGUCAUGUCGUGGUGGGAUUAUGGCUAUCAAAUCACAGCAAUGGCAAAUCGAACAAUUCUAGUUGACAAUAAUACGUGGAAUAAUACUCACAUAUCCCGUGUUGGACAGGCUAUGGCAUCUACAGAGGAGAAGGCAUAUGAGAUCAUGCGAGAAUUGGAUGUCAGUUAUGUUCUUGUAAUAUUCGGAGGACUCACAGGAUACUCAUCCGAUGAUAUUAAUAAAUUCCUUUGGAUGGUAAGAAUUGGAGGAAGCACAGACACUGGCAGACACAUAAAAGAACAUGAUUAUUACACACCAACGGGGGAGUUCCGAGUGGACAGAGAAGGCUCUCCUGUUUUGCUGAACUGUCUGAUGUACAAAAUGUGCUACUAUCGCUUUGGUCAAGUCUACACAGAAGCUAAACGUCCACCUGGUUACGACAGAGUACGGAAUGCUGAGAUUGGGAACAAAGACUUUGAACUUGAUGUGUUAGAAGAAGCCUAUACAACAGAACACUGGCUGGUACGGAUAUACAAAGUAAAGGAUUUGGACAAUCGUGGCUUGUCAAGAACAUAAAAAGGCACCUUCCACUUUCCAAGGAACAGCACUGAGCAAGCCUUCACUUGUGAGAAUGGGAGUGUGCGCUGGAAUUUUUAUAUACAUAUGCUUGUUUCUGCGCAAGAGAUUGGAUUUGUUUAUAUGUGACUUCUUAUGUGAAGAACAAGGUGUCUAAAUUGACCGUUUCCUCCAGCUGAUAACUGACCAAAUAGAAGACUAUACUGGGCUUUUCUUGUUAUGUCGAAGGUCAAUAAAAUGAGGGACAUUGAAAGGGUUUUACUUUUAAGAAACCACGUGUUUGUUUGUUCUUUACUAUUUUGACCUUUGUUGUAAUCAUUCUCCUUGUAUGAAAAAAAUAAUUGUUUGCAUUUUUUCUAGGUGACAACUGAUGUUUCACUGUGUUUAUCAAUGAAUUCAUUAAUGAAGCUGAUUGUUUCAUGGGCAAAUCUCAAUAGGGUCACCCUAUCUCUCUCUAUGCAGGAUAGCCCAUGUUCGGGCAGUUACGUCCCACAUAAAACAAGAAUAAGGUCAGAUAUUCUGAGAUUGUGGGACAAAAAAAUUUCUGAGUUGCCUUUACUAAUUGCAUAAAACAAUUAUUUUGAAUUUGAAACACUUAUUAAACAACAGAAACUGCUCAAACUGAA